AUGUCUGGCCGUGGAAAGGGAGGAAAAGGACUUGGCAAAGGAGGUGCCAAGCGCCAUCGUAAGGUUCUUCGCGACAACAUCCAAGGAAUCACCAAGGUACUUUUCGGUUCAUUUGUAUUCUCGAAAUUUGCAAAGCCUUUUUACUAACUUAUUGAUUUUUCAGCCCGCUAUCCGUCGUCUUGCUCGACGUGGUGGUGUGAAGCGCAUCUCUGGCCUCAUCUACGAGGAAACCCGAGGUGUUCUGAAGGUGUUCCUUGAGAACGUGAUCCGUGACGCCGUCACCUACUGCGAGCACGCCAAGCGCAAGACCGUCACCGCGAUGGACGUCGUCUACGCCCUCAAGCGCCAAGGACGCACCCUGUACGGCUUCGGCGGAUAA